CUCUACUCUUUCGCUUUUUCUCUCUCACUUUCUUUGAUUCAAGCCAAAAGCAUCAAUCCCUUAUUUUUAAUGGCUACUUCACUUGCAGUCUUGAUUCCAGAUACUAAUAACCCAACAACAAAAGCCUUGGAAGAUGAAGCUAAACCAGCUAUGGAGUUUGUGAAGAGCAACAAAGGAAGGAAACAAACUGGGAAAGGUCCACACCAAAAAAAACAGCCACAAAGAGGUAUGGGAGUGGAAAAACUUGAACGUUUAAGGAUCCAAGAAAGGUGGAAGAAAAUGACUGAAACAACAGCAACAACAACAACCCAGUUUCCUACUGACCCUAUUGGGACUAGUAAUGUUCCUGUGCUUCAUGGUGUAGCAAACUAUGGUGUUCCUAUGAUGAUCAAUGGUGGAAGUGGGGGGUUAUGGGGUUGGGACGACACAGCUGGUCUGGUGAUGCAAAGGGUUGUUGGAAAUGGCGGGUUUGGUGGGUUGAAUAGUCAGGUUUUGGUUGGGGUUCCUGGUGAUGUUCAGGUUGCUUGUGGUGCUGGUGUUGUGGAGGAUUCUAAAGAGCUCUCUUCAAUGCCAAAGUUGCAGCAUUGUAAGCCUGAUCGUUGUGAUGUUUGCUUUAAGAAGAUGCGCUGCAAUGGGGACAAUGUGAGGUUUAAUGGAGGGUUCAACCAAUUUGGACAAGUUUUGCCUAAAAAAGGAGCUGGUUUUCUUGGGUGGAACCUUGAAAACGAUCAAAACAUCAAUGAAGAGAUGAAUGCAUUCAGUGCUAGAGCUGCAAGGAGUGCUUCUGCAUAUGCAGGUCACAUGAACAACAUCAAUGAGACUGUGGAUGUGGUGGCAAUUCACAGGAAGGGAAACUCAAUUGGUACCGGAAGUGUUCUCAUGGAGUACGAAUUUUUCCCAGGGAAAAGUAACAGAAACACGUCUACCAAGGAAAGGAAAUUGCCUGCAGAAGCUUCAGCUGCAGUGGGUGGUGAAGCUUCUUAUGCUAAUGCUUCUAAUUGUGUUGAUUUGUCCCUCAAGCUUUCAUAUUAG